AUGGCCGCCUUCGUGCGUGUGUCUGGGCCGCCAAACAGCCACUUUCUGGUGGGAUACCCUGGCAUCUCUGCCACCCUGCCCCGCAUUGAGGGCAAGGUAGAAAUACGGCCAAGUACUGGCAUCUCCGCUCCGGUCAACGUUUCCCUCGUCACAAUAUGCCUACAGCGACGAGAGACGAUACAUCCGUCUGCCGAUUCGGUGACAAAGAGACAUUUGGCCGCCCCCCGAAAGGAGAUUUCGGACGUGGUUGGAAAAGAGAUGCUUCUUUUUCGAUGCCCCAUGGGCCGUGACCACGAGGAAAUAAUAGCCAUGGAUCUCCCUUUUGUACUGUUCAUCCCAUUUGGCCGCGGCGGCCAGGAGUCUUCGAGACGGCUACCGCCACCAAGCUUGCAGCUGCCAAGUCGUACGGCAGAGACAUAUUAUGAACUGGUUGUUACCGUACAGCAAGGGCCAUCAGAGCAAAAGAAAUACGCGUUCCCCGUGCCGUUGGCACGAUACGACACCCUCUCAACGUUUGGUAUGUAUAAUCGCCCUGAGUCGUCGCAAAAGGUUUCCGAUCAUUUAGUUACCCUGGGGAUAUCAUUACCUCGGUGGUCCUAUGGGCCAAUGGACCCUGUCAGCGUAUACAUACAUCUCUCUCCCAAUCAGGAUUGGUUGACCAAAGCCCGAAAAGUCACUAUUCAAAAACUUACCCUCACUAUCGAUGAAGAAAUCAUCUUUAAUCAUGAAGGAGACGAACCACAACGAAAAGUCAAGACACUUGCGAAAAGAACAGAGAGUAUCGGCAUGAAAUUGCCAGAGGCUGGGUACAUCACAAACCUAGGGCUUGUUUUCCCAUCGCGGGACUUGCGUGACUCAGACGGCAUUCUAUCACGCCCUAAGCCUGCUUUCCCUUCGUAUGCAAUUACUUCGUUUACUACAACUGCUUCUUUAUACAAGAUUGAAUACUAUCUUACAGUAAAAGCUCACCUAACCUCUGCGAAGGAUAUCGUACUGCGCCAGCCGAUUGUUGUCUGCCCCCAGGAUCAUGUUGGAUGCAAGGAAGAAAUGGAAGCCAUUGAGCAAGCUGCAAAAGAAGCCCGAUAUGUCAACCCCGAUAAUCCAAUGUUACCAUUACCAACCAUUGUACGCACCAAUGACCCACAUGCUUUAAGCUAUCUUAACGUAGCCAUUGUGGGAAAUGUGAAGAAACCUUUGAUCGACUGA